UGACGUCACUGAACGUCCCCUAGUAACCCUCGUCAGCGUCUCGGAAAAUACCGGGAGGAAGAUGGUGAGAAGUUUUCUGCCUCUUGUCAUGUCUUUGUGUAUUUUGUAAUGAAUUGGGGUUGAAGAAACUUAGAAAAUACGAGCCAUUUACUGGAACUGGGGGCGUGUAACGUUAGUCUUGAUUAGUAGCUGCAGUGGCGGGUUUUGUGUAGGAGUGAAACCUGAUGGCUCAGCGGCGCUAAGGCUUAACUGUAGUUCAUUGCUGUCCCGCUACUUAUUUUCCCGAAUAAUUAAGCAGGAAUGAUUUUACCCAGUCCGAAAUCCAGAGCUCCUGCCUCUUUUUCAGCUGACAUCUAUGCAAAACUAAAGAGUGCCCCAGAGCAGGAGGUACGCAUUCUGCUUCUCGGAUUAGACAAUGGUGGAAAGACGACACUUCUCAAACAGCUUGCCUCUGAGGAUAUUAGUCACAUCACCCCGACACAGGGCUUUAACAUUAAGAGCGUGCAGUCUCAGGGCUUCAAACUGAAUGUCUGGGACAUUGGAGGCCAGAGGAAGAUAAGGCCGUACUGGAGAAACUACUUUGAAAAUACUGACGCGCUUAUUUAUGUCAUAGACAGUGCAGACAGGAAGCGGUUUGAGGAAACGGGACAGGAGUUGGCUGAGCUGCUGGAUGAGGAGAAACUUAGUGGCGUACCUGUUUUGAUCUUUGCCAAUAAGCAAGACCUGCUGACUGCUGCUCCAGCCUCUGAGAUCGCAGAGGGACUGAACCUGCACACCAUUCGGGACCGCAUGUGGCAAAUUCAGUCCUGCUCUGCACUUACAGGAGAGGGGGUUCAGGAUGGCAUGAACUGGGUCUGCAAGAACAUUACUGCAAAGAAGAAGCAGUGAAUCGAGUGUAUUUUUCUACAGACGUUCAGGGAAUGUGAAAAGCAAACUUUGUGGACUGUGUGGAUUCCCUUCCAGCUCGUCCAGGUUAAAGGUAUAUGAGGAGGUUCAGAGAGGCUUUUUUUUUUUUUCUCAUCUGAACCACCUCAGCCACUGCCUCAAUUCCUCAGCCAUCAACUCGGUCUGACUCACAUUUACUCCAUAAACACUUUGCAAUAGCAUUAUAUUCUGAAUGAAUUUGAUUUAUAAUGUACAAUCAACCACUGAAUUGAGUUUAAUAAGUGUUUUUUGCAUUAUUAUUAUUUAGUCUGUUUGAUUUUGGAAUCUAUUUCAAUACCUUGGCUUGGAUUUCUAUUCCUUUGAAAUGUUUUAAAUGGGGAAGUCGUGGCCUAAUGGU